AUGUUUAAUAGUAAACAUUACAUAGUUGGUGACCAAAAUGUCAGUGUUCCCGCGCAUUUAAAUUUUGGAAAAUACAUUUUAGACAAAUUAAGGCUUAAAAAAGACGAAGUCGCUUUGGCAAAUGGCGAAACGGGCGAUAAACUAACUUACAAGAAUUUGACACAAUACGCCGUAAACUUAGCGGUGUCUCUCAUCAAGCUGGGUGUGACAGUAGGCGAUAUUGUCGCCGUGGGUUCGGAGAAACGAAACGAGUUUGUACCCACCAUGCUCGGGAUAGUGUUCGCCGGGGCAACGUAUACACCUUACGAUCUGCGAUGUGGGAGAGCUAUAUUGAAACACAAGAUGAGUAUAACGAAACCAAAAUAUUAUAUAUGCUCGAACCUGUUCUGGAACACGUACAAAGAUGUAUUAAUGGCAUUCGAUUGUGUCAAAGUGUUCAUUACUCUUGAUGACAGCAUCGAAUCCCUGAUUUCAUUGAAAUCACUGACGACGAACAACAAUGCCAAUGUUGAUCUUUUUGAGCCAGUCAAAGUUCAGGGCCAAACUGAUGUAGCAUUCAUUUUGUACUCAUCCGGAACUACUGGUAUGCCGAAGGGUGUGCAAUUAACACAUUUGAAUUGCAUUCUUAACAGUCUUCCACAUGAUUUCAGCGAUGACUCUCUAAAAUCUGUGUUCGUUUUCGGUGAAUGGUUUCAUAAUUAUGACACAUUCAUGACCUACAAGGUUUUAGCUAUGGGGAAAAAAAUUGUAUACAUAAAUAAAGCUUCACCAGAAAUCUUCCUUCAAGCUUGUGAAGAUGAACAGGUCAACAUAGCCAUGGUAGUUCCGUCGCUCGUUGUUUACUUGUCCAAAACUGAUGAUUUCGAGAAAUUUAAUUUGGACUCGUUUAUGUUCAUCUACUCGCGCUCCUCCCCUCUUCAUUCUAAAACAAUUGAAAACGUCAAGAAAAGGUUGCCUAAAUUGAAGAAUAUUUUACAAGGAUACGGUAUGACGGAGUGUGGUGAACCCACGUCAGAGAAUUGGGGAACUAAGGGUCCAAAGCCUGGUAGCGUUGGCAUGGUAUCUCCGGGUACUACGAUUAAGAUAGUGGAUCCUGAAACUCGUAAAAUUCUAGGGCCAAAUCAACGGGGAGAAAUCUGCCUUAGAGGCCCUGUCUUUAUGAAGGGUUAUAUCGGAGUGGAUCCCUCUACUUAUUUAGACGAAGAAGGAUUUUUCAAGACUGGCGAUCUAGGCUAUUAUGAUGAAGACACUUACUUUUAUAUAGUAGACAGAAUGAAAGAAAUAAUUUGCUACGAUGGUUACAAAAUUGCUCCACUAGAACUUGAGACGAUUCUGCAACUUCAUCUCGGCGUAAAAGAAGCCGGAGUUGUAGGCAAACCAGUUCCAUACUUUGGUGAGGUACCAGCAGCCUUUGUAGUAAGGCAACCAGGGUCUAAUGUGACUGAGGAAGAACUGAAAUCCUAUGUAGCAGCUGAGGUUGCACCAUUCAUGCAGCUCAAAGGAGGAAUACGGUUUAUAGAAGAACUACCAAGAAACACACGUGGAAAAAUCUUAAGAAGAAGUUUAAGAGAAAUGCUUCAGGAAUCAUAA